AUGGAUCAAUUAUUACGUUUACCUAUGCAAGCUUUAUUCGCUUUACCUGAAGUUCUAAUAGGACAGACGAUCAAUCAAAUUUGUUCAAUUUAUUUAACCUACGGAGAAGUUCGACCACGUAUUAUUCCAGAUAUUACAAAAAUAUCAUUUCAAUUACUAACGCCAUGUCAAAAUGAAAGCUUUCCGCUUUUAGAAGCUGAUCAAAUUUUGGAAAGUCCAAAUUUUAAUAUGUCUAAGAAACUGAUAUUGUUUGUAAGAGGUUGGAAAAGUUCUGCGGGUGAAAGUGCUCAAACAUUGCGCAAAGCAUUUCAUUGUAGAGAUGAACAUAAUUUUCUGUUUUUGGAUAGUGCCAACUAUAUUGAUACUUUAUAUUCAUGGUCCGCCCUAAAUACUGAAGCUAUAGGAGAAUAUGUGGCUAUGGGUCUAACCAAAUUAGUGGAUAAAUAUUCAGUAGAAAAUAUACAUUUAAUUGGUCACAGUUUAGGUGCUCAUAUAGUUGGUUAUGCUGGACGAUAUUUUACCCAAUUUACCAAUCAGACCAUACCCCACAUUACUGGACUUGAUCCGGCCAAUCCAUGUUUCAAUGAGGGAGAAGUUCUUUAUGGUAUACAACGUGGUGAUGCAGCAUUUAUUGAUAUUGUACACUCAAAUCCUGGGGCUCUUGGUAAAAAGGAGCCAAUAGGGGAUGCUGAUUUUUAUCCCGAGGGAUUAGCACCCAUUAAACCGGGUUGCUUUUCACUGGGUUGUUCACAUUCUCGCUCCUGGUUGUAUUAUGCCGAAAGUGUUUAUCCCCACAAUGAAUAUAAUUUUAUGGGAACACGCUGUAAUUCUUUGAAGAAAAAGGAAGCUGGUUUUUGUAAUGGCAAUUCAUAUGCCAUGGGCCUGGCCGUGCCAUUCUCAUUACGGGGAAAUUACUUUUUUAGUGUUAACAAAGUUGAGCCAUUUGGUAAAAAUGCAACAGACGACGCUAAAACUCCUUUGGGAAAUUGUGGUUCUUGCCCUGGCCUUUAA